UCUAGAUGGAUGGGAGGGGGUGAGGGAGGGGGGCGGGGGGGGGAGAGGGGGGGGAGAGGGGGGGGAGAGGGGGGGGGGGGGGAGAGUGGGGGGGGGAGGGGGGGGGAGAGGGGGGGGGAGAGGGGGGGGGAGAGGGGGGGGAGAGGGGGGGGGAGAGGGGGGGGGAGAGGGGGGGGAGAGGGGGGGGAGAGUGGGGGAGAGGGGAGGGGCGAGGGGGGGGAGAGAGAAAGAGUGGAUUAGGGCAUAGUGGAGGAGCUUCAUGCUUGCUC